AUGGGAGAGCAAUUACUUCCUUACGAAAUUCUCCAUUGCUCCAGUUGGGAUGACAAUUUUGGGCCCGAUCAGUUAUCAAAGGGAAGCAGCAACACUUCCUCAAUGUUGGCUACUUCGAAUAGUGCGCCGACCAAACUUGUAGGCUGGCAAACAGCACGGUUCCCUGAAUAUCCUCAGGAUCUAAUAAUUCAGAUUCUUUCGGGAGUCUCUUUCGUUUCUAAAAUUCAAAUAUUGUCUCAUCAAUUUAAAAUCGCAACCAAGGUUGAUAUUUACAUUGGUCUGUUAAAAGACGGGCAUGAUCUAUUACUGCAGCAAACCAAUGGUAAUUCUAUUGGCUUGACAACAGAAAGUAACCAUAUUAGUGAUGAGAAUGAUGAUGAAGAGGAUGUUGAUAAUAUGGUAAUUGAAUUUACAAGACUAGGGCAUAUUUACUUUGAUAACAAUGCCAAGGCUCAAUUUCGUGCAAGAGAGCUUAAGACGAUUAAAAUCAAUAUGAAAGCGGAAUAUAUCCGUUUGGUGAUACGAAAUUCUCAUAAAAAUAGCUUGAAUACGUACAAUCAGGUUGGAAUGCUCAAUUUAGAUAUUAUUGGGACCUCGAUUGCUCAAGAGCUGCAACAGGAAAUGGUAGCAGCAGAGAAUUCCAAUACUACACAGCCAAAUCUUAUGGAUAACAAUAGCAUCCUCAGCUCUUCUACUCGACGUACCAGUAUCUCCAGUAGUCAAAGCCAAUGUAAUGCUCGCAAUAUGCAUACGUGCAGCAAUAUUGAAAGAGAGUUCCAGCACUGGUAUACAGCUUUAUCAAUUGCAGAAGAGGAAGCUGUGAAAGGAGAGUGCUAUCAGGAAGCAAAGCUUUACAAAGAGCUGAACGAUAAGUUAGAAACUCUCAGAAGAAUUCUGUCUGAUUUAGAAAUAGGAAAACGACACGCUGUGGAAACAAAGGAUUAUGAUGAGGCAGAAAAAAUCAAGGACGAUAUAAAAGUAAUGAAGCAAAGUUUUGAAGGAAUGUUAGCGUCUGCUAAUAUUCAUAUAACGGAAGAAGGACAAGUUGUGCACAAUGUAGCAAUUGCUAAGCCAAAAGAUGCUGCUGAUCAAAAUGAUCUAUUGCUGUCUGCAUCUUCCUUGGCAAUAGUCGACAAUACUGGUAUGGUAUGCGAAUCUGAAACAGCAACACUAUUAAACAAGCAACAGCAACAGAGCUCUUAUAUCAAUGAUUUGAUGCCAUGUUCUGGCGAUGAUUGCAUACUACCCGCAGAUAUAGUGGAGCGUAUCGGGGAGGAGGACCGCGCCACUUACACCCUACCCAUCAAAGUAUUUGGUGAGGACCUUGUAUCCUGCAUAUUGAGCUUCAAGGCUAGUACCCGACUUCAAGGCCUGUCCGUUAUAGAAGCUUUAUUAAACAACGACAACUUCAUCAGCAAAGAAAAAGAUAACGAUGACUUUAUUGAUGCUACUUAUAUGUUAAUCAAAGAAGCCAUUUUAGACUCAAGGGAAUCCGUAAUUACACUGACUUUAAGGAUUUGGCAACAAUUAUUGCAGCAGAAAAAGCAGCAACGAUCGACUUUAAGUGAUCAAGUCACAUCCCGAGCAUUCAUGAGUCUUUUGAAUCGUUAUACCUCUACUGUAUCAGCAACGAGCGAUAUCAAUAGCAAUUCAAUAAUUCGACAGAUGAUCGCAGAUUUCGUGAUCACGUUUGUCCGUUUUCAUCCUGACUACCUAGCGAAAGUCAUUAAAAAACCGAAUCGUAUCGUACAUUCUUAUAGAGAAGCUAAACUACGUGUAGAAUUAGUCAAAUCAAUAGUUAUGGCAUUAGGUGUAUCUACACCUUUUGACAAAACUACUAUGAUUGGUACAAACAAAAACGACGGAGCACAAAGUAGCAAAAAAGGCUUGCAACUGCAUAAACAGAUGGUCCCUUUAAAACCGUUGACGGAUUUUUUCAUGGCAUACCUUAGGCAUGAGCAUGACGUUGUCAAGCAAGCAGUUUUGAGCCUAAUUGUAAUCGUUUGUAGCGAAGUAAAAGCUGAAGCCGUAGCUCACACUUUGGACGACUCUGCAAAAGCGAAUUUGACGGAGGUUCUCAAAAAAUAUGAAAAGGAAUUUUCAUAUCGAAACAGCAACGCUGAAAAGAAUAUUGAGAUGUUGAGCAAAAAAGAUAGAGAAGUAUUAGAGGAAUUACGGUCUCUCACUAUGCCUGGAGGAGUGAAGAGAUUGGCAGUUGCGAAACGCAAAGAAACAACGACAGUCAAAAAGGCUACACCGUCAGUUGCAUCAACGAAUAAGCCAUCGACAACAACAGUGGCAAAAAAGUCACUUGUAAGAAAGAAAACAGGUACGGCUGUUCUGAAAGAAGAAAAGAAAAACAAAAAGGUCGUCCAAACAGAACAGCCUCAACAAAUGCAAGCCGAACAAGAUAUCAACAACAGUAAUUUAUGCAUAUUCUGUGAAGAAAUCAAUCCUAAAUUCAAUGAGGAGUCCCUAAUUAAGCAUUAUUAUAACGAAUGCCCGGCUCUCAUUAACUGUACAUUAUGUCAAAUGAUUACAGAAAUAUCAACUUUGAAAGAGCAUAUGCUUUUGGAUUGCGAAAAACGCCAUUUGGUGAAAGAGUGUCUUCGAUGCUGGCAAGCGAUCCCAAUUGAUAAUUGGGAGCAUCAUGCGAACAAAAAUGAUUGUCCAGUCUGCGAUGCUGAUAAGUUUUACUGCCCACUUUGUUUGAUGAUCAUUGAGCCGUCAAAUGAUGCAGGUUGGAAAGACCAUUUGUUGAUUGAAGGUUGUUCGGAAGUGAAAAAGAUAAAAAGAGGAUUGAAAUAA